CGUAGUAAACAACCCUGUUUUGGUUCAGUGUGGUUAUGUCACUUCAGUACGAACACACCGUGCAGCGACCUAACGGGGUACGGAUUCCUGUCACAGUAUAAUGCUACACGGCGCUUCUGCUGUACGUCUGCCUUUGAGUCAAAUCACUUAAACCACGUCUCCCAUCUGGAAACUGGCCCCUGGAUUAACGCAUCACUGUAAACUACUCCAAAAUGAGCCGGGACAUCACUUCGAUUCACAGCUGGCCUGGGUCCUACUACAUCAGCCACGAUAAAAGAUGGGAGAACGGCGCCCUGUCCAUCACCAAAACCAUGGUGCGCUUCACUUCCGACCAGACCAAGGAGAGGUUGGCGAGCUUCCGCCUCUCCAACAUCAUGCAGAUCAAGAUGGAGUCCUCAAGCUUCAUCUUCAGCACUCUCACCGUGCUCGAGAACGGGAACGUCAAGCACUGGUUCGGCUCCCUGAAGCCCAACAGGGUGGUGGUGUACAACGUCCUGGAGCAUUUCUGGAGAGAGCGCCUACUGUCCCCAUCGUAUGGGACCAAGGGGGCCGAGCCUCAGGAAACCAAAGGCAGAGAGCUGAUCCACCUGGUGGCCGGGGCCCAGAGGAGGCUGGAGGACACGGGCACGGUGCUCCACCAUCAGGGAGAGCAGUUUGACAACAUGAUGCAGGGGCUGGGCAAGAUCGAAUCAGACCUGGGCAUAGCAGACAAGUGCCUAUCCCAGCUGGAGUCCCCCUCCUGGUGGCCCUUCCCUAAAGCCCCCUGGAAGACGCAGAAGGAAGCCAAGGCGGAAGACGCGGCCAGAGCCGCCGCCACCGCGGCCGCCGGCAGCGGCUCCGGGAAGAACAAGGUGAUCGCCAGCAUCCCCACCCUGGUGUCCAGCGGCGGGGAGACGGACCUGAAGCCGGGCUGCCUCGUGGUGAUGCUGUCGUCGCUGGAGCUCCGCGACACCGACUGUCAGCUGUUGCACCGCUUUGAGAGGAAGGAGGUCGACGAGAUCAGGGUGCACAACCCGUACGAGAUCAGCGUGAGGCAGCGGUUCAUCGGCAAGCCGGACGUCGCCUACCGCCUGUUGUCGGCAAAGAUGCCCGAAGCGCUGGCUGUGUUGGAGAUGCAGUACAAACAGAAGGUGGAGUACACCAGUGAGUUCACGGCCUUCAGGUCCACCCCUGCUGCGUCUCCCUGUGGCGCAGAGGGCUCCAUAUGGACCGAAGGCCUGCAGCAGGGCUGCCAGGAGACCGAGGUGCCCAUGGAGGUCCCAGCCGGGGAGCUUUCCCAGCUGCAGGUGCACGUGCUCCAGCCAGCGGUCAGCCAGGCCGAGGCCCAGGAGCUCCGACAGAUGCUGAUGCAGCUGAAGACCCUGGCGCUGGAGGCGGAGACGGAGCUGGAGCGCCACGACGACGUGCUGGCCGCCGUCGACGGCUCCACCGACCGGGCCAUCUUGACUAUGGACAAGCAGACCUGUCGCAUGAAGAAGCUGCUGUAGGCCCCGAAGCUGCUGUUCAUUUAUUUAUAUCUUAAGUCUUCUAACGGCUAGCCGGGACGAAAUGUUGCAAUUCUCCUUUUGCUUGUAAAUUACGUAGAGCAAUAUGUUCCGUUCACGGUGUUCUCAAAGAGCAGACAAUGUUAUUAUGAAUCUGUAUUAUUUGUAAAUUACUUGCAUGUGUGGGGUAUUGAAUGUGUUGUCAUUCCGUAGCGUCUCUUUGUUUGUUUUAACCUGUCAAGCUGUGAUUGAUUGUAAUCUAAACCUGUAAUCUAAACCAAUUUGAAACACAAA